AUGGGAGAAUCUGAAGCUGAGAUAUUCGAUCGCGUUAUGGAACUCGUCGGAAAUGACGGUAAAUUUCAAACGCGAUUCAAUUGUUUGUUCAGCUUUUUCAUAAGCAUGUUCGUGGCAAUGAAUUAUAUGAACAUUGUGAUGGUUAUGAACGAGCCGGAUCAUUGGUGUCAUGUGCCGGGAAGAGAAGAAACCAAUUACAGCAUCGAAGAAUGGCGCGAACGAGUACUUCCAACCGAAUUAGAUAACAAAAAUAAAAUUUCAGUAAGUCAUUGUAAAAUGUAUGACUUAACAGAGUCAGAAAUACUUGAACUUGAUAGUCAAGGGAGAUUGAAUAACAGCAACGGGCGUCUGAUCAAUUGUUGGUUCUACGAUUACGACGAAACUUGGUAUGACCAAACUGUCGUUUCACAGGAAAAUUGGGUUUGUGAUCGCGCACUUUACGUAACAAACACAUUUUCUUUCCAUCGUCUCGGAGAAGUUGUUGGAACAUUCAUUUUCGGACAAUUGAGCGACAAAAUAGGACGUCGCCCUAUUAUCAUCUCAGGAAUUUUAAUGACAGUCUUUGGAAGAUUCGCAACUCUAUUUACAACAGAAGAAUAUUGGAUAUUUUCCAUUUUCUCCGUUUUUAACAUGUUAAUGACAUUCGUACUUUAUCAAUCGCUCAUGAUAAUCGCCAUGGAAAUUUGUAAAAUGGAAAAACGAACACAUAUUACAAUGUUGCAAUGUAAUGGAUGGACCUUCGGAAUGAUUUUGUUACCUUUGAUUUUUUGGGCGGUGCGUGAUUGGUUUCCGUUUUUAUUGUUGACAACUUUUCCAUUGAUGAUUGGAUUAUUUUUCCCGAAAUAUUUGAUCGAAUCGCCAAGAUGGCUCGCGAAUCAGGGGAAAUAUGAGCGAUGUGCUUCAGAACUUCAAAAAAUUGCGGAUAUAAAUGGAACAGAUAUACAAGUUACGGAAACUAUGCUGAAGGAACUCUUUAAGAAGCGUAAGGAAGAAAAGCUUUAUGGGAUGGCGUCACUUUUUUCGAGCAAACGUUUGGCAUUAAGUACAAUUAUUAUGACGUUUUGUUGGAUGAUAAUUUCUAUAGUUUAUUACGUUCUUGUCCUCAACUCCUCAAGAAUGGAUGGAAAUCCGCAUUUGAACUUUGUUUGGCAAAGCGCAAUUGAACUUCCCGGCGUAUUUAUCGGAAAAUAUUUGGGAGACAAAAUCGGGCGUCGUUUCACACAAGUUUUUGCCUUCUUAUUUGCUUCAAUUGCUUGUAUUCCGUGCAUAUUUUUGGUUCAACAUCCUGAAUAUGCAACAAUUGUCUCCAUUCUUGUCGUUAUAAUUCGUUUCAUGUACUCAAUUAUCUUUUUUGCCAUCAAUUUACAAGCGUUCGAGAUUUAUCCAACAUGUUUGCGUCAAACGGGAUUUUCCAUGAUGUUAGUUAUAGCGAAUCUCAUGGGAUUGGUAGGACCUUAUGUCGUAUAUUUGGGCACGGAAUUUGAUGUUCGUUAUCCUUACAUGGUGAUGGGAGCUCUUUUCAUUGCAGGAACUAUCGCGAUGUUGUUUUUGCCCGAAACUUUGGGAGAAUUGCUUCCUCAAACGAUAGAAGAUGCUUGCGAAUUCGGUAAAGGACAAAAAUUUUGGGCAUUUCCAAAAGAAAAUGUUUCGCCACAGAUUGUAAAAGUUGUUGAAGAAUUGAAAAGUGACGAAAAUUAUAAUACUUAUAUAUAA